AUGACGGUUCUAGAGAAGUCUAACUGCCAAGAUGCGGCCGUCUUCUUCAUGCGGCAAAAGCCAUACCACUUUUCCCCGUACACAAUGUCCUGCAAAGGCGACAGCUCUGGUGGCUACAUCAUUACGAGCGCUGGCACGAUAGUCAGCGAUGGAUCGAGUGGCUAUCACUACUUUAACACUAACGGGAGUUACUACUACCGCAACCCGAAUGGCUCCAGCUACUAUCUUAGCAGGAGCGGAUAUUUGCGGUACACAUCCCCGGGUGGCCUGACCUACAGCAACAGCACUCCAAGUGUUGGGUCGCCAAUGCAAUCGUGCUGUGGAAGGUUGUGA